AUGGAUCCAUUGUCUAUCAUUGCAGGUGUCGCCGGCAUCGCCACGGCUGGUGUCUCCCUUGUGGAGGUGCUCUUUGACACCAUCGACUCAUACCAAAAUGCCCCCAAAGACAUCGUCUCAAUAGCGCGGGGUGUCCAGGAUCUCUCCAUCAUUUUGGACCAACUAAAACAAGUCCUCAUCGAUGGGCGAAACAUGCAUACAAGAUGGCUUCUCAAAUCCGUCGCUUCAGCCAUCAGACAAAUCGAGUAUGUACAUGCUGAAGUAUGGGGGCUCAUCCCUCGAAGUGGCUCCGGAUUUGAGAGGGUCAAGUGGACAUUUCGGAAGGGGAAAGUCAGAGAUCUCAUGAAUAAGAUCGAGACUCAAAAGAGCACUGUGCAGCUCGUCUGCACGACCCUCCUCCUGGCCAUUCAGCAGAAGAAAGUCACAAAACACAGCAGGCGACGCCCUGGAAAUGAUUCGGAGAAGUAUGCGAGGAGCAGGUUGAGGAGACAAGCCGAAAACCUGGUCAAGACUGCUCAUGAGUCGCUUCUCGACUUGGCCCAGAGCUCGCACCGAGAGGAAAUCGAGGGGUCUUCCACCGACACCUCCCAAAGUCAGAGGCAUGAGCCGCAGACACCACUUAUCGAUGGCUCCCCGACUACACCCACCAUUCGUGUAUCAGGCCCCGAGCAAGACUUUCCGGAUCACAAUGAAGCUAUUUCACCCCAGAAAACCCCCGACGACACAGCUCUAUGGAUCUACGAUAUGGUUUUCUAUCCGACAGCCGAAAGAAAAGCUCACGAGGGAGAUGUCAGGCCCCGACCUGAUGACAGCAAUGCCCUCAUCCUCCGUAACCCACAGGGCACUGAUAUUGUCUUGGCUUCAAAGAGGCCAAUGGCGGCAGAAGUUGUUGACGAUCUUCUCUACGACUGGACUCACUUGAGUUGGCAUGACAUUAAGGAGACGUCUGAGACUGUGCAGGCGGAGCCCCCAGAGCAACCAAGGAGAUACUCGGAUGAGCGCCUUGGAGAUGCACAGGUCUCGAACCUAGAACCACCGCGCCAGUCAAGACGAAAGACGCGCCAUCAUCGAGGAGCCUCUGAGGAGCAUAUUCGGCGAGGUAUAAGUGUCGAAUACGAGAGCGAAGGAUCCUCGGGCGGCUCAGCCAGAUCCGAACACUGGUCUUAUAUCGACAGUCAACCAUCUGACUCUCAACGAGAAACCACAAGAAGGCGACAUUCCGCUCAAGAUUCAGAGCGAGAACCGCCAACUCCCCCAAGUGGAUACAGGACCAGGUCGUAUUCAGAUGUGGGCCCAGAACCGAGAAGAAAUCCACGUCAUGCAACUGUCGAGGAUGACCCAGAUGAUUCCAUGGAUGAACUGGCGAGAAAACGCGCCAGAGCCAGGUCUGCACAUGAAGAAGCCAAGCUCCGAGCAGACGUCGAGUUUGAGAAGCAUCGUUCACACACACAACAGCCAUCAAGAUCAAACACGAACCGAAGCCGAGAUCGAGAGGCAGACGACAGUCCAGGCAACAGAGAGGAUCAUUCAAGCAAACCCAACCAGAGUCGGAUACAGAGGGCUGCCGCAGCGAGUUUAAUCGCUGGGGCGACUGAAGCGUUUCGUGUCUAUAAAGAGCCAGGCGGCUGGAAGGGUGACAAGACUAGGAGGGUAUUGACAGCUGCAGCCGGAGCUGCCGGAGUUGAAUCGGUGUCGUGA